GCAAACACGGAUCUGUGCCUAGCGAUCCCCUGCUCUUCGGAGUCAGGGUCGAUUGCUUUGCAGCUCGAUAACUUAUAAGGAGCCAUCAACUUGUUAUGGUGUCAAUCAUCCUAUCGACAGGUCCAAGAGUAACUGUUGCUUCAGCCGCUUCAUUCGCUGUCGAAAGACGGCUUGAGUGUCGAGGCUGUUGCAUAACGAGACGCUAUAUUCCACCCCCCUUUUCCGAGACCGUCGGUCGGUGAGGUUGGGGAAAACCAUGGCCUACCUACAUAUCUUUUGACUAAAGAAUUUUUUUGCAACGCGUGAUUUCCGUAUAAUUCCAUAUGUAUAAUGUCGCGAUGCACCUGAGACAGGCCGUCGAACUUUUUUAGCGGACCCUGGACUAACGUUAGGUUGGCCAAGCAACAAUAGCGAUCCAACGCUUGGCUUUGGUCGUUGCUGAUCCCCCAAGUAUCUUGCCGUUGACAGCUAGAGCCUGCUCCUGAUGGCUUCGGCUUUGGUCCUGAAUCUGGGGAUCAAGUCCACCUCAUGACGACAAAGGACCAAGCAUCAUUUCACGAUCUACGGCCCGUCUUCGGAGCAUGGUACCAAGAUUCGACUAGAUCGCAUGAUGACGGCGGAGUGUCCUGUUGUCGGGUCUGUCACCGAUUAUGGACCAAUAACGCUGCUGCAGGGUAGGCAUGAUUUCGUCAGUGAAGUUGAAUCCAAGUGAGAUAUCGUGUCACAACAGUCGAUAACCGAGGGUGAUGGUAUAUGUACAGCAUGCAUAUACUGGUAUGCAUACAUACAUAGACAUCAAGGUUGUGUUACACUCGGCGCUUUAUUCCAAGCUACUCGGUACUCACUAAUAAUCAUCCGUCCACUACCGACGUCUCGAUCCGGGGGAGACUUGUCUAGUCUGGGGUUUGAGAAUUUGAGCAUCACGAGAGAGUCUGGGGAAGGGGGCGGAACGAAGCGAGAGCCCAUAGUCCAUAGCUCGGCUCGCAUGUGAAGACUGCCCUGUCUAUGAGUGGUCAUGGAUGUUAUGUUAUUUACAGGGGCAUGAUUGUCCUCCUACCUAUUGGGAGGUAGUAAGUCAUGCCAUGGAGGUUGUCCAAGCUACCCCACACUAUGAGUUGGAGACUUGCAUGUCAGUGAAAUCAUACAUUAUUAAUUUGGGGAAAAGUCACAGGAGCUCAAGUCAGCCGGUGCAUGUGAACGGUUAUAUACAACUAUCAGAGGUCAAGUUGACAAUGAAACUCCAAGUUAUUAUUGUUCUCAAGAGGCAUCUGAAGUCAUCGCGAACCGGGCGAGCAUAUUCAAACGAGCAUAACCUCAGCAAAGUAUAACAAGCCGAGGUGAUAUCAACUGCAAAACAACACCACCUCCUGGAAACUGCAGCAGACUAAUUGUAAUCAACUCGGCCUCAUUAUAAUCAUUCGGGCCUUUAAACCACACCGCACUAUUCCCCCAAAGGCCUGCGUCCGAUGUUCACGAACUCUAGAGCUUGCUUCCGCACUUCCAUAUUCGGCAUCUAACAACUAGACCCUUGACUGGCAUGAUUCUUCUAUUACGAAAUUUCUCUAAUAGUCGGAAUGCCGGCUCUCUAUAAAACCUUGACGAUGGACCCGGUAGAUGUUGGUGAUUCAGUCUCAUCAGUCUCGAUCAACUCUACAGCCUCUCUGAUACAGCUCAUCAUGUACUUUGUGUCUUCUGCCUUUCUUCUCGGCUCAUUCGUUCUUCAGAACGUCUUGGGCCGACCAACCUUCGAUGAGAGGAGUCUCUUACAAGAGAGACAGUCUUCGGUCGACUCCUUUAUCAAGUCUGAGAGCUCAAUUGCUAUUGAGCAACUCCUCUGCAAUAUCGGUUCCGAUGGCUGCAACUCCAAGAACGUAGCCACUGGUAUUGUCAUUGCUUCUCCAGACACACAGGAUCCUGACUACUUUUACACCUGGACUCGAGAUGCUGCUCUAGUCUUCAAGUACGUCGUUGAUAGGUUCAUCAACCAGUAUGAUGCUGGCUUGCAGAGGAAGAUCCAGGAGUACAUCGCCUCCCAAGCCAAGCUCCAGGGUGUUUCCAACCCUUCUGGGUCGCUUUCGGAUGGCUCAGGUCUGGGAGAGGCCAAGUUCAACGUCGACAUGAGUGCCUUCACUGGUGGUUGGGGUGAGUAUUCGUGUUUGGCGCCCCUGAAUGAGAACAGUUGACUAAAGGUUGUCAAGGUCGACCUCAGCGAGAUGGUCCAGCUCUGCGUGCGACUGCUAUGAUCACCUAUGCCAACUGGCUGAUUGCCAACGGCUACACCUCCACAGCCAAUGACAUUGUGUGGCCUGUUGUUCGCAACGACCUUAACUAUGUGGCUCAGUAUUGGAAUCAAACCGGAUUUGACUUGUGGGAGGAGGUCAAGGGUAGUUCGUUCUUCACAACUGGUUCCCAGUAUCGAGCUCUCAUUGAAGGCGCCGCUCUGGCCAAGAAGCUCGGCAAGUCGGGAGACAACUACUCCAACAUCGCUCCUCAGGCUCUCUGCUUCUUGCAGACUUACUGGAUCUCUUCUGGCAAAUACGUCGACUCUAACAUCAAUGUCAAUGACGGCCGCACUGGCAAGGACGCCAACAGUAUCCUGUCGUCCAUACACAAUUUCGACCCUGCUCUGAACUGUGAUCCCGCCACCUUCCAGCCAUGCAGUGACAAGGCCCUCGCCAACCACAAGGCGGUUACUGACUCUUUCCGCUCAUGGAACAUCAACAAGGGUAUCUCUCAAGGCUCAGCUGUCGCCGUUGGACGAUACGUCGAAGAUGUCUACUACAAUGGCAACCCCUGGUACCUCGCUACGCUUGCCGCGGCAGAGCAGCUCUACGAUGCCAUUUAUGUCUGGAAGCAGCAGGGAUCCAUCACUGUGUCGGACGUCUCUCUUUCGUUCUUCAAGGACCUCGUCUCUUCGGUCUCUACCGGAACAUACGCCAGUGACUCUGCCACCUUCAAGAGCAUCACUGACGCCGUCUCCAAGUAUGCUGAUGGGUAUGUUGCCAUCGUUGCAAAGUAUGUCGGCACAGAUGGCCACCUCGCAGAGCAGUUUGACAAGAACGACGGCCAUCCUCUUUCUGCCACAGACUUGACUUGGUCAUAUGCCGCAUUCCUCUCAGCUGCUGAUCGUCGAGCUGGUGUUAUUCCUCCCUCUUGGGCUGGAAGCGUGGCUGCUGUCCCCAACCAAUGCGGUACCAAUACUGUUGCUGGAUCCUACUCAUCGGCUACUGCAACUUCGUUCCCAGCAUCGCAAACACCCAAGGGUGGUGUGCCCACUCCAACUGGCACCCAGACUUCCACUUCCACUUCCACUUCCACUUCCAGCUCGUCCACUGGUACCAGUUGCCCUACUGCAACCUCUGUGGCUGUCACUUUCCAAGAAGUUGUCACCACCAACUUUGGUGAUACCAUCAAGAUCGUUGGCAACAUCGCUGCUCUCGGUAACUGGGACACAUCAAAGGCUGUUGCCCUGAGCGCCUCCGACUAUACCGCCUCGAACCCUGUGUGGAAGGCCACCAUUUCCCUAACUGCAGGACAGUCCAUCCAGUAUAAGUACAUCAAUGUUAAGAAGGACGGCUCUCUUACCUGGGAGAAGGACCCCAACCGCACCUACGCUGUUCCUAAGACAUGUGCCACAACGGCUACCAAGUCUGACAAGUGGCAGUCUUGAGAUGAUACUUUUUUUCUCUAUGCCUUGAGGGCUAUUUCGAUAGGUUGGUAGGCAGAGUUGAAUUAUGACUCAGAUUGUUACUUUGACUGGGCUGGGAGUAAAACCCAAUGAGUUUGAUGACGAAAAUGAAGGAUACGUGUUUGGAGAUAGCAAGUGUGAUAAUAACAUAUCUGUUUAUUGAGUCCCGUG